AUGUCAUAUAAUUUUCAUUCAGAUUUAUUAAAAGACUUUUAUCAGCUACUUAAGACCGAAAUUGAUUAUAAUGUGGUAAUUCAAGUUGGGAAAACCAACUCUGAUGAAAAACACGUUGACGUCAAAGAAUUUCAUCAACCACCUAUAGUCGAAACGACCGUAAUUCAAGACGAGCAAACAGACUCUAAUAAAAAAGAAAUUGAACUCGAAGAAGGUC